AUGAGCUCUGUUCACACUAUUCUACAGCGAAUUUCUGCGUUCUUUGCAGUCUUAAAUAAUCUUAUUCUGAUUGUUCUAAUAAUUUUCAAAUCUCAUAAGAAAAUUGGUAAAUACAAGUAUUUGAUGAUCUACAUCUCAAUUUUUGAAAUUAUAUAUGCAAUACUGGAUACGUGUGCAGUUCCGGAGAUUUAUACAACGGGAAGCGCAUUUUUGGUUACUGUUUUAGGUGGACAAUCGUUUUUACCAACGUAUCUUUGCCUUCUUCUUUCCGAACUUUUUUGUGUCUUGUUCGGAAUUUCUAUGGCUAUUUUUGCUAUUCAUUUUAUUUACCGAUACAUGGUUGUAAGCGAAAAUAAAUAUCUGAAAAAGUAUGAUGCACACGUUAUAUCUUUCUUGCUCAUACUCCCAUUACUUUUCGGGGUCUUCUGGUUUUGGGUUGUUGAUUAUUUCUUAACACCCUUCGAUAAGGCUGACAAGAUUUUGAAAGAACAUUUCCUUGAUAAAAUGAACAUAAAUCUGACUGACGUAAGCUACGUGGGACCGUAUUUUUGGCCAAUCGGUAAAGAUGGGAAAACGUAUGUCCAAUGGAAGUCAAUGUUUGGAAUUCUGAUCAUGAGCAUAGCUAUCACUGUAUCAUUUUCAACCAUUUUUGUGUUUGGAUAUAAAUGCUAUCGGAAAACCAACGAGCUUAUCCAAAGCGCAUCUCAAUCGGAAUCCUUUAACAAACUACAAACCCAAUUAUUCUACUCACUUGUUUUACAAACUCUUAUUCCAGUUGUCUUAAUGCAUAUUCCUGCUACAAUUGGAUUCGGCGCUUCAUUUUUUGGUGUUUCUUUUGAAUUUCUUGGCGAAAUGUGUGCAUUCACUAUUUGUCUGUAUCCAGCUUUAGAUCCACUUCCUAAUUUUUUCAUUAUCAAGACGUAUCGGGAUGCUAUUCUUAAAUAUCUACGAAAAUUCAAGAGCAUAAUAUUAUGCAAAGGGGCUACGGUAGACAUUGAAAUUGUUGCAAUGUCCGAUUUAGGAUCGGCUUCAAUGACGCCCAAACCAGCAAGCUUAGCCGCUCCAAUAAACUAA